GGUGUAAUGAUGUGCAAACUAGUCGUGGCACUGGAGGCCACCUCGAUAUUCGUGUCGACCAUCAGCAUCACUGCCAUUGCGUUGGACAGGUAUCAAGUGAUACUCCAUUCUGGUGGUGAAAACCGUAUGUUUGGCUCUCUAUUCAAACUGUUGUUUAUAUGGUUUUUCGCUAUAAUGCUGGCCCUCCCGCUCUUCCUAUUCCGCACCGUCGAGACCCACGAAUUGAAUCUUCCGUGGCUUAAAUCAGUCAACUUUUGUGUCGAGCGGUGGCCUAUAGCUCACGGGAGGGGCUAUUAUUCGGUGUUUUCGAUGGUUUUCCAUCUACACCAGGCUUUGCCUCAAACUGAAGACACGGGCCAUACGUCGCACAUCGACCACACAAUUACCUAA